UCUCGCGGAUGCUGGGCUCUGCAGAUGGACCAAAGCGCAUAGCUAGUUUAGCUACAGCCGAGCAGCAUGUAGGUUACCGCAUCGGCUGCUGUACCCCCUCUGUAACCAUUUAUUUUUUCUAGGGAACCGCACAAUUCGAGAGCAUAGAUCUGUAGAUUUAGAUGCGCUCAGUCUGUCUAAAACGCAAGACUCGUGUCCGAUCAAUUUCAUGAUUUCUAAUAUUGUUAAUAAAAAUUGGAAUUCUUUUUCACAUCGUUCACGUUAUUAGAUCAUGGCGCGGGUUCUCCAGAGCAGCAGAGAUAUCAGAUGCGCUAACCCCUGACACCUGACUGACUAUCUUCCACCCUCACCCCUCCUAUUUAAUAAAAUAAAUAAAUAAAAAAUCCAUAAAAGUAGAAGUGACAGUACUAGACUACUCAUGGAUUGGGACAGAGCUAGCUCUGUGUCAGGCAGUGCCAUUUUCAUGACUAAUUAACUGCCUUUAAUUAAAAUAAACCCUCACCCCCACCAAAGUUCAAAUACACAAUUCCAUAUUUCAAUAAAAAAAUAAAUGCAACAUUAGAAUAAUAAAAGGCAAACCCAAGGCUAUUGUUGCUUUUGGGAAUAUCACAGACAAUAAAACUAAUAAAAAAAAAAAAUUAACUAACUUGCUGGAACACCAGUGAAACACAACAUUUUGCAGAAUUCAAUUCAGGCUGUUCACAACGGGAACCCAGUAGUUUAGUCAAAUUGGGACAAAAAUAUGGGUGACCUAGCAAACAGUGCUGUGGAGGUAUACCCCAAAAAACAGCGGGGUGGUGGGGGUGGUGAACCCAACCAUGCAGGGGGUUUUGGGUGCACCCUGGAGGAGCUGCGCAAUCUCAUGGAGCUGCGGGGGGCUGAUGCACUUCAGAAAGUAGAGGACUGCUAUGGAGACAUCAACGGACUCUGCUACCGGUUAAAAACUUCAACAAAUGAAGGGCUCUCAAACAACCCAGUUGAUCUUGAGAAGAGACGGCAAAUUUAUGGGAAGAACUUCAUCCCACCGAAAAAGGCCAAAACAUUUCUACAGUUAGUUUGGGAAGCACUACAGGAUGUUACCCUCAUUAUCUUGGAGAUUGCAGCAAUUAUCUCUUUGGGUUUAUCCUUCUAUCAACCACCUGGAGAAGAAACCGAAGUGUGUGGAAAUGUGUCAACUGGAGCAGAAGAUGAGGGAGAGGCAGAGGCAGGCUGGAUUGAGGGGGCAGCCAUCUUAUUAUCUGUCAUCUGUGUAGUCCUGGUGACUGCAUUCAAUGACUGGAGCAAAGAAAAGCAAUUUCGUGGUCUUCAGAGUCGCAUUGAACAGGAGCAAAAGUUUACUGUUAUUCGCAAUGGCAAUGUUAUCCAGAUUCCUGUGGCUGAACUGGUGGUUGGAGACAUUGCGCAGGUGAAAUAUGGUGACUUACUUCCUGCAGAUGGAGUCCUCAUUCAAGGAAAUGAUCUCAAAAUUGAUGAGAGCUCUCUAACUGGGGAAUCAGAUCAUGUUCGAAAAUCAGUGGAAAAAGACCCUAUGCUGUUGUCUGGUACUCAUGUCAUGGAAGGCUCUGGCAGAAUGCUGGUGACUGCUGUGGGUGUCAACUCCCAAACAGGAAUUAUCUUCACUUUACUGGGAGCUGGAGAGGGAGAGGAGGAAAAGAAAGAUAAAAAAGCUGGUGCUCCUGCCAACAACUCAAUGCCUGCUCCAGCCACUGCCAACUCCACGGUACCCCCUGGUGCUUCUUCACGCGAUAUUCAAUCUAGCAUCAUUAACGGAAAGCAGCAGGACGGGGUGGUGGAAAACAAUCAAAAUAAAGCUAAGAAACAAGAUGGUGCAGUUGCCAUGGAAAUGCAACCACUGAAGAGUGCAGAGGGUGGAGAAGUAGAAGAACGUGAGAAGAAGAAAGCCAGUGUUCCAAAGAAAGAGAAGUCCGUCCUACAGGGCAAACUAACAAAGCUGGCAGUGCAAAUUGGAAAAGCAGGUCUGGUAAUGUCAGCUAUUACCGUUAUCAUACUUGUUCUCUACUUUGUGAUUGAAACAUUUGUGAUUGACGGUCGAGUAUGGAUUGCAGAGUGCACUCCUGUCUACGUGCAAUACUUUGUGAAGUUCUUCAUUAUUGGAGUCACAGUGCUGGUUGUGGCUGUUCCUGAAGGUCUCCCAUUGGCCGUCACCAUUUCUUUGGCAUACUCAGUCAAGAAAAUGAUGAAAGAUAACAACCUGGUGAGGCACCUGGAUGCUUGUGAAACUAUGGGCAACGCUACUGCAAUCUGUUCUGACAAGACUGGCACUCUCACCACCAAUCGCAUGACUGUAGUGCAGUCCUAUAUUGGAGACACACGCCAUAAAGAGGUGCCAGAUCCGAAUGCCCUAAAUCCCAAAACCCUGGAACUCCUUAUUGGCGCCAUUGCUCUGAACAGUGCAUACACUACUAAGAUACUGCCUCCUGAUAAGGAAGGUGGGCUUCCAAAACAAGUGGGAAACAAAACUGAGUGUGCAUUGUUGGGAUUUGUGCUGGAUUUGAAGAGGGACUACCAGCCAAUUAGAGAGCAGAUUCCAGAAGAAAAGCUAUACAAGGUUUACACCUUUAAUUCUGUGCGCAAGUCAAUGAGUACAGUCAUCCGCAUGCCUGAUGGAGGCUUCCGUCUCUACAGCAAAGGGGCUUCAGAAAUUCUUCUUAAAAAAUGCUCCAGUAUUUUGAACAGCAAUGGGGAGGCAAGGAGCUUCCGUCCACGUGAUCGAGAUGAGAUGGUGAAAAAAGUGAUAGAGCCAAUGGCAUGUGAUGGACUGCGAACAAUCUGCAUUGCCUACCGUGAUUUUCCUAGUGUUCCUGAACCCGACUGGGAUAAUGAGAAUGAAAUUGUUUCAGAUCUGAUUUGUAUUGCUGUGGUGGGCAUUGAAGACCCAGUUCGACCUGAGGUGCCGGAAGCCAUUCGGAAGUGUCAGCGUGCAGGAAUCACAGUGCGCAUGGUAACAGGAGACAACAUCAACACUGCCAGAGCUAUUGCAGCUAAGUGUGGAAUAAUCCAAGCUGGAGAAGAGUUCCUGUGUCUUGAAGGCAAGGAGUUCAACCGACGAAUCAGAAACGAGAAAGGAGAGAUAGAACAGGAGCGGAUUGACAAAAUCUGGCCAAAGUUGAGAGUUUUAGCUCGAUCUUCUCCAACUGACAAACACACCUUAGUAAAAGGCAUAAUUGACAGCAGCAUUGUAGAACAAAGGCAAGUGGUAGCAGUGACAGGAGAUGGGACCAAUGACGGGCCAGCUCUCAAGAAAGCGGAUGUUGGUUUUGCUAUGGGUAUUGCUGGCACUGAUGUAGCAAAAGAAGCUUCUGACAUCAUCUUGACAGAUGACAAUUUUUCCAGCAUUGUGAAGGCAGUGAUGUGGGGCCGUAAUGUCUAUGACAGCAUUUCCAAGUUCCUGCAGUUUCAGCUCACAGUUAAUGUGGUAGCUGUAAUUGUUGCUUUCACUGGAGCCUGUAUCACUCAGGUCUGCAAGAUGCUGCUUGCACUCUGCACUCAGGAUUCACCCUUAAAGGCUGUCCAGAUGCUAUGGGUAAACCUAAUAAUGGACACCUUUGCUUCAUUGGCCCUUGCAACUGAGCCUCCUACUGAAGCAUUGCUCCUGCGCAAGCCAUAUGGCCGCAACAAGCCUCUGAUAUCUCGCACCAUGAUGAAAAACAUACUGGGUCAUGGUGUUUACCAACUCACUGUUAUAUUCAGCUUACUCUUUAUAGGAGAGAAAAUCUUCGACAUCGAUAGUGGACGCAAUGCUCCUCUCCACUCUCCUCCAUCAGAGCACUACACUAUCAUCUUCAACACAUUCGUUUUGAUGCAGCUUUUCAAUGAGAUCAAUGCACGCAAAAUCCAUGGAGAAAGAAAUGUCUUCGAUGGCAUCUUCGGCAAUCCAAUUUUCUGCAGCAUUGUCCUCGGAACUUUUGGUGUACAGAUUGUCAUUGUACAGUUUGGAGGGAAACCUUUCAGCUGUGCCCCCUUGAAUGUAGAACAGUGGCUGUGGUGUCUGUUUGUGGGGGUUGGUGAACUACUGUGGGGUCAGGUAAUUGCAACAGUUCCCACCAGUCACCUGAAAUGUCUGAAGGAAGCAGGACAUGGACCAGGCAAAGAUGAGAUUACUGAUGAAGAGCUGGCUGAGGAUGAAGAGGAAAUUGACCAUGCUGAGAGGGAGCUUCGACGAGGACAGAUCCUGUGGUUCCGUGGACUUAAUCGUAUCCAGACUCAGAUCCGAGUGGUGAAAGCCUUCCGUAGCUCUCUCUAUGAAGGGCUGGAAAAACCGGAUUCCAAGAACUCAAUCCACAACUUCAUGGCCCACCCUGAGUUCCUGAUUAAUGACUUCAUCCACAACAUCCCCUUGAUUGAUGACACUGACAUUGAUGAGGACUUAGAAACAGCCAGCAAGCACAACCAUCAUUUCCACCACCAUCAUUAUCCACAGCCCCCACACCGUCAACACAGCCUCCCACCUUCUCCGAACAAAAACAACAAUGCCAUUGAUAGUGGCAUUUAUCUGACCACCCCUGACGCUAGCAAGUCAGCUACCUCGUCCAGUCCAGGAAGCCCUCUACACAGUGUUGAGACUUCACUAUAACAAAAUGGAAAGCUACUUGAAGAGGCCGAAACAGACUCAAUUAAUAAAAAAAAAA